UGUGGUCAAGCUUUGCAAGCUUCUACUUUCUGCUUCUUGCAACUGGAUGUUUGCAAGUCACUUCAGUAAUUCUAGAGAUCUUGGUCUACAAAAGAGAAUAUUUGCAUACAUAUACAUACAUAUAAUGUAUCCUUUGUAAAAAGCAUUAAUUACGAGAGUUUACUUCCUCUUUGGUUCAUAUUAGAGUUUUAUGUUAAAAGUUAAAACCCUUACAAUUUUUUCGAAAUGUCUAAAACAGACGAAACUGAAUCGUGGGGAACCGUUUGUCUCCAAACGGUUUUAGCUCUAUUUGCACUAACGAUAUUCGCAGCAUUCGUUAUUUUUGUGUGUCUUCCAGUAUAUUUAUUUCGUUUGUUAGCGUACUUAGCAGCUCGUCUAAUUCGUCCAGACCUGGAUAGAAUGUUGACCCCUCAAAGCAAUAUCAUGGCCACGGACGCCAUAUACACGAAGCCGGAAGGUACUUAUGUCACCAAGUUUUUGCUGGAUGGUGAAAUUGGUAGGAAGGAAUUGGAAUCCCGACUACAAGUUGCUAUUUGCAAUGAAAAAUUUAGCGUCCUUUCUCAAACUUUGGAAAACUGGAUGGGUUUCUACUUUUGGAAACGAUUUGACGAAAACAAACCUUUCCAACUCAAUGACCAGUUGGAGUUCAAUGAGGACCAAGUGUCAACAGAUGAAAUCAAAGAUAUUCACAAAUCUUUGGUUGACAGACCAUUUAAGAAAAACCAGCCGUUGUGGGAGUGCAUCGUAUACACGAAUGUUCUCCCAGAGAAAAUAAUCCGGAACGUUACCCGACAAACUGUAAUUUUUUUCAGAGUGCAUCAGUCACUUGCAGAUGGAACGAGCUUCUUUAGUAUUUUUGAUGAACUUAAAAUGGUUCCAGAGCAUCAAGUCAUGCUCAACUUAUUUAUGGGGAACCAGAAUUCAAUAAUGAGUUUAAAGGAAAAGGUCAAGUUUGGCCUUAGGGUGUUGGGUUUGGGUCCUUUUUAUAUGGCGUGGGACUGGGCGCAUGCAAGGGUAUCACAGUCUGACAACAAUAAAAUGUUAAGAACGCUGAUGAACAAACUAGAGUCCAAUACCGAGACUAAAGUGAUUGAGGAAGUAUAUUUGGAAAAUGCCAGACGAAUUGCAAUGUCCAACAUGGCUCCAACAGGUGCCUUGUCAGUUUCGAUUGUGACAGGGAUUGUUAGAAGAAUUGCUGAUUGUGAUGGACAGGAGGACCUCAAAGUUACCAAUGUUCCCAAUCUGUUCAAAAUCAAUUGUCCAAUGCCAAUCCCGUUUCCUGCUGACAGAAUCAGCAAUUAUGUGGCUCUAAUUCCCAUCGCAGGGGAGACGGCCACGACCCAACCCAUCGCACGUCUUGGGGCCAUGUUGCAAUCCAUAGGAGACAUGAUCUUUUCGACGACUCCAUACAUCACUUUUGGUCUCGUGCUCUUGAUCGGUGGUUUAAACUCCUAUCUGACCAAAUAUUUUGCCCGAUUACUUCCCCUAGGGUCCGUUAUACUCAACAUCUUUCCUGGAUCAACUUUGAGGCGGAAGUUCUUGGAGAAAGAUGUUUCUGCAAUCACAGUUCAAUCAGGUUGUCCAUCAUUCCUGGGAGGAGCAUGUUGUAACUUUAACUCCAUCAUGUACAAAGGGGAACUUAGUGUCAGCAUGACUUGCCCUAAGAAUCUGAAUGUCAAAGAUAAAUUACUAGAGGAAUUUAAACUAUGCCAAGCUUCAGCUAAUUCAAAUGCCGGAUUUUUUGGGAUGAAUUUAGGAAAUUUAUUAAAUGCUUUAACAUAAUAACGAACUUAAAGCUAUACUAUAAUGUAUAUUUUUGUGUGAUGCGACAAUUUUGAACAAGCUA